AUGUCGAAUGUAGUGGACGAAGCGCCGGAGCAGCUUGUGGUGCGACUUCAGACUCUUUAUCGAGCUCGUCGUGCGCGACGUGAAGCCGUCGAGCUGGCCAAUAGCUCGUAUCUUAAAUGUUGGGAUACCGUGAGUGGGUUGGCCUACUACUGCAACUUACGCACUGGCCUGUCGUCGUGGAAGAAGCCACUUCUUUUGGCAGCUCGAGACCCCCUGAGCUUGAUAGAUCGACAGCAGCGUCGCGAGGAGAGCGUGUCAUUCAAAAAGAAGUGUGAGGACGAAAAGCUCAAGUUAAUGCUUCGGCAUCGUCGGAAGAUCGCUCGUGCCAUGCGACGCUUUGAGAAGAAUCUGCUGGACGAGAAGAGUGAGAGUCGACAAGAGCGACAAGCUAAACUGAAGUAUGCAAACCAGCAGCUAUUACGCGAUCUCUAUGAAGGCAAAAGGAAAGAAAAUGUGCAGACUAUUCGUGAGGCAGCGAUGCGAGGCAACGUGGACCGCGUUGAAACAUUGCUUGUUAUGGGCUUCAGCGCUGAUGCCGAGAGUGCCAUGGGGUUGACUCCACUACUCGCUGCGUGUCAGAGCGCUCAAUUAGAAGUUGCUCGUCGCUUGCUAUCGAGCAGAGCUAGAGUAGACCACGCGCACGUCAAGACAGGCCGAACAGCGCUCAUGGAAGCUGCCGGUCGUGCAAACCCCCCAGUCCUGAAAGAACUCUUACGAUAUGGUGCUCACAUUCACGUGGAGGACGAACAGGGCGAGACGGUCUUCGACUGUCUAAAAGAUGCCGCGAAUCGGGAGAUCAUUGAACGUGCGUGUCAAGUCUGGUCCAGUGAGAACGCAGCGCUAUUCCCUACCGAAUUUAGACAAGUCUCUCUUGCUUACGCGUUAAUCAGGAAACGUCAGCGGGAUCUGUACGAGGCUGAAAAGGUAGCCACACGUAGAGAACUGACCCAAUCGAAGCAGACACUUCAGCGGAAAUGUGUGGAGGCAAAAGUCCGCUACGACCAGGACAUUCGAGGAAGCAGCUUCGAGCCGACGCUAUUGCGGCGGCUUUCGGCGACCGAAGCUGCCGAUUCUCGAUACGACACCGAGCGUCGUGUGUUGCUGUUAGAGAUUCAAGAGGCUGUAGACAGACUUCGUGCCAGUGAACGACCCUGUUUUAUCCCAGAAGCAGCCAUUCUCAACAUCCUGUCGUUUUGUGCGAGGCAUUGGUUUGAAGUCGAUUCGAGGAAAGCGAGGAAAAGGAAGAAAAUGACUCGCUCCGAGUGUACACUUGUCGUCGUUCCGACAUCACUCCGACCCCCACCCGAUCAACUUCCAGACGAUCUUGAAGCGGAAUGGAACUCGUUCCAACACACUCUCAAGGAUCAUUGUGACCAACUGCAGACAGCAAUGGGAAACGAGCACUUCGACGCAUCGAGCGGUGUCUCAAGAGACACAAACGGGGAAAGUCUGGCAACGCUCGACGUUUUCGUCGAACAAGGGGAGAAUCUACCAUACCGCGACCCUCGAAUAGGAGACAUGCUUGAUCCCUACGUGCGCGUCUUCCUGAGGUCAACUUCAAUUCUUCAAAGUACGGAAGUGUUCAAGUCGGAGAUGCGCGUCGCUGACCGCAAUCCUCUGUGGGAGUUCCCGUGCCAUAUCGCAGCCGUGUCGUCGGUCCAGAAGGAGCUUGGCAUCCAAGCUGUAGACUCGAAGCGAGAAGACGUCGCAGGUGAAGUGACGAUCUUUUUGCGCUCACUCUUAGACCAAAAAGAGCACAAAGAGUGGCAUAUUAUGCCUCCAACACUACGCCAGCAAAUUCUUGAGAAAAAACCACGCGAGCAAUCAGCGCGAAUCCGUGUAUCUGUCAAGCUAACCCACACAAAGUCCAUCGUACUCACCCGCGAGCUCCAGCAGCUUCUGAAAACCCGCCAGGUUCUUGUCAACAAGCGUCGCAACGUCAUCCAAAACGCACUUCACUGUCGACUCCAACAAUUGCCGUAG